AUUGACCGCGAAAGGCAGAGGAUGCAGCAUGAGGUUAUUGAACUUACGGCCAGCAUUGACCAACUCCAGAAAGAUAAGCACCUGGCCGAGAAAGCGGCCGAAAAGUUCGAAAUGCUCAGUCGGGACUUACAGAACAAAGUUGAAGACCUGUUAAAAAACAUCGAUGACGUUUCGCAGCAACGCCAACGUUUGCAGCAGGAGAACAGUGACAUUCUUAAGGAUUUACAUGACUCGAAGGAAAGGUCUCAAAUGCAAGCUCAAUUUCAUCAAGUUCAGCUGGAGCUGGAUUCGGUUACGGCUUCAUUGGAAGAAGAGUCCACUCUAAGGACGGAAGCUGAACACAAACUUUCCUUAGCUAACACAGAAAUCACCCAGUGGAAGAGCAAAUUUGAUGCUGAAAUUGUGCUGCACCAAGAAGAGCUGGUCCGCGAUAAGGUAGUUUCAUACUUUCAUGACUUUAGGAAGAAGAUGAUUCAGAAGCAAGCGGAAUAUGAGGAACAGAUUGAGAUCAUGCUGCAGAAGAUAUCUCAGUUGGAAAAAGCCAAGAGUCGCUUGCAAUCGGAAGUUGAAGUUCUGAUUGUCGACUUGGAAAAGGCUCAAAACCAGAUCGCCAUUUUGGAGCGCCAAAAGGAGCAACUCGAGAAGUUGGCGGCAGAGCUGAAGGCACGCUUGGACGAGCUCAGCCAAGAGCUCGAGGCUCUGAACCGUGAACUGAAGAAUACCCAGGCUGAACUGCAGAAGAUGAAACAUCUCUAUGAAAAGGCCGUAGAACAACGAGAAGCACUGGCAAGAGAAAACAAGAAGUUGCAAGGUAUUGUUCAAUUUCUUUAUGAUUACUUACUUUUAGAAAGUUCAAAGCGAGUUAAACUGAGGUAA